UUCUAAAUUACUAUAUAACUUGGAAUUUUCGUUACUCUCGCGCCAUUUUAGUCUCAAUUGUCUGCAAGCAAAUUCAAAGUCUCGUAAUUUCAUUGUUGAGCGAAGAACACUGUGACACGUGCAUAGAAACAAAAAAUAUAUUAUAAAAUAGGUUUAUCAUUACUUUCGAUAAAAAAAAUGGCAAAUUCGAAGGAUAAACAAGUUGAUGAAUUGGAAGAUGAAAUAAAUAAAUUUUUAAUUGAACAUGAAUUGACGCCAUCAAUUUCAACAAACAAUAAUGAACCUGUACUAGAAGAGGAAUUUUUUGCAUAUUUUGAGAAUUUUAUUUUCAAACGUAUUGAUUGUUAUUAUUGUAAUUUGUGUGACAAAGAUUUUGUGUCGAUAUCUUCUAUAAUGGAACAUUUGAAUGAUCAAAAGCACAUAAACCUUGUAGUCAAUAAACCACAAAAUAAGGAUCUUGAUGACGGCUCUGUGAUUACACCGGAUUUUUGUAAAAUUCUUGUUAAAAAUAACAUCUUUAAACACGAUUCAUUACUGAAAUGCUACUCAUGUGAGCUCAUCAUCGAAUCGCACAAUGAUGUUCAAGACCACAUUAAUACUUCAGAUCACAAAUUCCAGGGUUAUGAAUUUGGGAAAGUUCAAAAAUACGCAGGUGCUUCAAAGAAUGUAGGAACUACUCCUAAAAAGAACAAUUAUUUCAAGUUAACCCAACCACCACUAUCAGAUCUGAGAGAUGACUUCGUUAAAUACUUUGAUAAUUUUAUCGAGAAACAUGAUGACAAUUAUCUUUGUCAUUUGUGUCAUGUUAAACUAUUGUUGAUGCCUACAGUUCUGUCUCAUAUGAAUCUACAAAAUCAUCAAAAUUUAAUUGCUCGUAAAAGAUCAGAAAAUAACAUCACAAUUCAAAGUCAAGGUGAUCCAAAUCGUUGCAAAUUACUUGUUCAAAAUGGUAUUUUUCAACUUGGUUCAUGUUUUUGGUAUGAUGCAUGUCAAUGCAUUUUAGAAUCAUAUAUAGUUGCAAAAAAUCACUCUCGUGAAUCGAAACAUAAAGAAAAACUUGAUCUUCAUUUUGAUUCUUCAAAAGAGGAAAGCAAUGUUAGUCAGCGAAAAAAAUAAAGAAGAAAAUGAAGACGUUAUUGUUCAAAAGUAUCCAAAUUAUAUUUAUUUUGAUUACGAAGAUGAUGAUGAAAAAAUAUUAACAUGUUCCAUCUGCUUUUGUACACAGUUAUGGAUAAAACAUAAGGAUACGGUGGAGCAUAAUUUGAGAAAAUCAUUUUUUCUUGAUAAUUUCACGGAUACUCCUGGUAAUCGAGUUUUGUGUUUUACAAUGUAAGACUACUAUUUCUAAAUGUUCAAUUAUUGAUCAUGCUUCUAAAGAACAUCAAUUGAUACCGUGGUUCAGACCACCUGACGAGUUUAUUAUAUAUUUUAAAAACUUUAUUCAACCAAUGGAUAGAAAAUACUAUUGUCAUUUAUGUGAUGAAAUAACUUCUCGUUGGUAUCUUGCUAUAAAUCACAUAGAAGAUAUUAAACAUUAUCGAUGCGUGAAAAGGUCGAUUCUAGAAAUAGAUAUUAAUCAACAAGCUUUAACAUCCAAUUUCUAUGAAGAAAUGUCAACUAAUGGAAUUUUUUUGUUCAAUAUUACACAAUUAAAAUGUUGGAUUUGCCAGUACAUUGUUGAUAGUUACAAUGGUGUGCAUAGACACAUUGAGAGUGAUAAACAUCAAACUCUAUUAAAGGAAAAAAAAUCUGAGAUAUUAUCACGAUUAUGUGUAGCAGCUACUGAUAAAGAAUCUACAGUUGUCGUUAAAACUUUACUAGUUCCUGAUCAAGAGUCUACAGUAGCUGUUGAAAUUCCAUCAGUUACUGAUCAAGAAUCUACAAUCACUCAGUCAGUUACUGAUGGAAAACAUACAGAAGCCGUCGAAACUUCAUCAAAUACUGAUGAAGAAUCUACAAUAACUCUUGAAGCUCAAUCAGUUCCUAUCAAGAAGAUAUAGUUUUGGGGUCAAGAUUUAAAACUGCCGAAGAUGAAUGUUAAAAUUCAAUAAAUCCAUACAAGAAUAAUAAAGAAUUUUUCAAAUCAAUAGGUCUAGAGGAAGGUAUAUUUUUGUAAUAUUUCGAAAAUUCAAUGGGAGGAUCUGUUAAAAGAGAUAAGAUACACUGCUAUUUAUGUCAUAAAUUUUCUUUUACUGUCCUAAAAGUUUUAGAGCAUAUAAAUGAUGAACGGCAUCAGAGACUUAAACAACAUUUAUGAUGAAAAUGAAAUUAUAAUUAACAAUUCUAAGAAUUUGCAAUAUUUUAAAUUAUACUCUAAGAAUUUCAUAAUACCCUUCAAACACGAAGUGUUAAUUUGUGUUAAAUGUAAUUGGUGCACUUGAGCCAUCAGAGGUUAACGAACACGUUACAAAAAAAGAGAUCCUUUGCGUUGCAAAGAUUAACUUUCUUAUGUAAUAAAAAUGGUGGUAAAAGUACUUUGAA